CCCAACCAAACACAGUCUUUCCACCACCCACCACGCUCUUUACACUUUGGGAGAACCCUACUUCAUCCCAUCCCAUCCAACUACUCUACUCUACGCUACUCUACUCCAACGACACCAUUCCCGUUCCCCGUUCCCGUUCAACAAAAUGCGCUUCAACCUCCACAUCACCGUCCAACGCAACUCCAACUCCACAUCAAACUCCACAAACCCAACUACGCGCACGUACGCCUACUCCUCGCGCUCGACUCCUCCCCCACCACCACGGCAACCACCGCCUCCAGCACUCCCGCCCACGCAAGCAGCCCAAUACCAACGACAACAGCAAUGUCGCACCCCGCACAGCCAGCCUCCUCUCCAGCAGCGGCACCAGCCACAGUCCCGCUCGCGCACCUAUGAGGCAUCUGCACCGCUUCCACCGCCGUCAUCGCCACCAGCGGCAGGCGCAGCGCAGCAAGCAACGCACACUCAAACACCACGCCGCCGUCCCGGAGAAUACCAUCGCCAUGUGCGUGCGCGUCCACCGCAGCCUGCUACGCAUGUGGCAGGCGUAGACGUCCAGACGAACCAGGUACGUACUGCAUCAGGCUCGGGGUGGAGGACCACGGGCACGGGCACGGGCACGGGCAACGCAGGAAGCGGAUGCCGAUGCAGAGGUGGAACGGAAAGUGAAAGCGAAAGCGAAAGAGAAAGCGAAGUAUUACCGCCCCCACCGCCGUAUUCUAGGUGGGAUGUGGGGGACUGGGUGGGGAGGCAGCGGGUUGGGAUGGAUGGGGUGAGAUAGAUGCGACGCGACGGAACCGAGGGGAGAGAGGGUGUAGGUGCAGCCGAGGUGUUGCAUGCGGUAGAGAGAGGGGGUGCUGCAUAGUGAGGGUAUCUUGAUGUUGACGUUGACAUUGCUCGCUAGCUAAAUAGAGAAUUUGCCAUGUCUAACCAAGACUGAGGACUCUCGGGUCUAAGGCGGGGAGGUUAGCCUGUGCUCUCGAGACGGACGGAUGGCCGGUGGGGUUUUUGCGCUGCAAUCCAGAACUCG